AUGACGGGUAUCAUCUGCAGCGGUAAGACGACAAUCUACACCCACGCCUUCAACGGCAAGCUCACACCUGCUGCUCCUGAUCCGACAGCAAGAAAUGCAGCGAAGGAAAAGAUCCAUACCGCUCCUAGCAUUGCGGCCACCUCUGCUGCACCGACACCGACCCGGAACUCGAUAUGGCAGGGCGUAUCAUACGUAAGUGCUGCGAAGUGCAGAGCCGCUGCGGCACCUCAGACCAAGACGCCCUCUGCCUCGAAGACUUCUCUGUUCAGCAGGGCGGCUAGUACUCCGGCUAUGAAUUACAGCAAAGCGGUGACGUCGCAGACGAAAAGCACUGUGACCGCAAUUACGCCCAUAUUCACCUUGAGGGUUGUUGGGCCGUGA